UCAGAUUGUUGACAAGGUUUCCGAUUUCAAGAAGGCGAAAAAAAAAAGAAAAAUAAGUUUGUUUCAAUAUUUUUCUUUCUUUUUUCUUUCUUGUAUAUCAUCCUUCGCAUCAUCAUCAUCAUAUUUCCUCAUGCAUCCGUCGAGACGAUUUUCCGCAACCACAUCUUCGUAUACAGUGGCAUUACAGCAAAUGAAUUACGACACAUUAACGGAACGUGAACGUUGGUGGUAUAACGAACUGAAAAGCGCACGGUAUACACUGUCAAAAAGAGAGACAGAAAUCGAAACACUAAGACAGCUUGCUCAUGAUUGGAAAACGAAAGCAUUACAGUAUAAAGAGGCUUGCGAUAAAGCUCAACAAGAACUUCAAGAAACACAACAAUUUUUGGAAGCACGCCAUGCAGCGGAGAUACAAGCAUUGACGAAAAUGCAUGCAGAAAAGAUGAACGAAACCAUGGAGACGAUGUUACAAUUAGAGCGUCAAAACGAACGGUUACAACAAGAAAGCAAUCAACCGGAUCCCUGUAGUGUCGCAGAGGAAGCUCAUCGUCAGGCGGCCACCGCAGUGCUUUGCAACCGUCAAAAAACGGAUGAUAUGAUCCUUGGUAUCAAUGAUAUGGUGAAUGCUAUUGAAGAUGAGUUGUCUCAUAUGAUGGCCUAUCGGGCUGCCUAUGUCGAUGAUCAUCAAUCGGUACCUUCCAUUGAAAGCAGUAUAAGCAGUAGCACCGUCAGCAGUAUGGAAGCUUCAACAAGCAGUAACCACGAUAUACCUAUGCCAGAACCAUCCAACGACGCAGAGACGCACUACGAUUUAAAUCCGUCCACUCACAACCCCUCUUUCCCUCAUGCUGUCACCCGAACCCCUAUUCAGCGGACCGAACGACCGCGGUCGCAAACGCUUGACCAACUGGCAAAAGCAUUCAUCCCCGGUAUUUUUCGUUCACCGAAAAAGGACCUGAUACACCAUGAUGCGUAUCCGCCCACACCUACCUUGACACCGAAAAAAAUUGAAAGAAAGCCGUUGCAAUAUCACUCAUCCUAUCGAACCGGUCGUUCCUCUUCCAGAUCUGGGAAAUGGACGCAGCCAUCGCGAGUCAUGACCGCACAGAUGGGUUGUUAACGGUUCAAAUACUAUCUUAAUUCAAUUAAAGUUUGACAUUUUAAGCAUAACUUAGCAUACAUAGCCUAAUAAAACCAUCUUUUUUUUUCUGCCUUAUCGCCGAUGACUCAGCUGCU